UCUUCUCUGUGCCUGUGACAAGGAACGAUGGCUCUCCUGGUAGUCCCGCUGCUUCUGCAAACAGGGCUCGUUUUCGGAUCAAACUACGGUUAUGUGGAAUGGUCUGACAAUGACAAAGACGUUAAAAAUCCCACAAUCUUCAGCACCCAAAAUAUCAACAAGGAGCCGCCCCACCAUCCGACUUACUACGCGGGACCCGCCACCGAGCGCACGGUGGUGGCGCACAAAAUCGAGGAGGAUCUACCGAGGGUGGUGACCGCUUUCCUGCACACCGGCGACUCCUCGGCGCUGAGGCAGGUGAACUGCUCCCGGAGGUACGAGCUGAGCAGCCUGCGAGGCGGAGUGCAUGUCGCCUCCCACUACUCCCUCCACAGCGUCCUGGACACCAUGGCGCACGCUACAAACUUCCUUAACAUGAUCCUACAGACCAACAGGUCCCGGGAGCAAACCCUCCAGAGGGACAUCCACUGGUACCACGCGCUGGUCCGGAGCAUCCUCGAAGGGGACCCCAAAAUCCACAGGGCGGUGGUGACCUUCCACACAGACGCGCCGACGCCGGGGCCGCACGUUUUCCUCCAGGCGACAAGAACCGAGAAGGAGGUGGUGCUGCAGGACCUCUCCAGCACCGCGCACCAUCAUCUGAAGAGCAGGACCGCGGAGUCCGAGUGGUUCAACGACUUUAGGGACCAUAAGAGACCACACCUGCAGAGGAGGGCCCCACCUGGCCCGGACUCAGCCGUCACCAACAGCGGAAGUUACCUUCUGGACAAAAACCAGAUCAAGUGGUCGGCGCCCUACCUGGAGUGUGAACACGGGACUUUCGUACCCUACUGGUUGCUCACCUUGUCUGCUGGCUUCUACGGACUGAGAACCAACUCUGCACCAGAGUUCAGGGGCGUGGUUCGUGUGGAUGUGAACCUGCAGGAUGUGGACAUUGACCAGUGCUCCAACAGUGGCUGGUUUGCUGGGACCCACCGUUGUAACCUCACCAGCAUGGAAUGCACCCCUAUCGUCGGCCAUGGAUUUGUUUUGGACAAGUACAAGUGCCAGUGCAGGAGGGGCUUCUACCACCCAAGCCGAGUGGCGCUGAAUGGCUUUACAAGUAAGGAGCAGGGCUCUCACAGGGAGGAGCCCUCUGACGUGUCCAGUAAGUGCCUGCCUUGUCGCGAAGGCUGCCCCUACUGCCGGGACGACACCCCCUGCCUGAUUCAAGAGGACGGGGCCCUUCGGCUUGCUGUGGCCGCCUUCCAGGGUCUGUGCAUGGUGCUGGACCUAGUCAGCAUGGUGGUGGUCUACCACUUCAGGAGGAACAAGAGGAUCCGGACAUCUGGUCUCAUUCUGUUGGAGGCCAUUUUGUUCGGGGCUUUACUGCUCUACUUCCCCGUGAUGAUCCUGUACUUCCAUCCCAGUGUGUUUCGCUGCAUCCUGCUCAGGUGGGCUCGCUUCUUGGGCUUCGCCAUCAUGUACGGCACCGUCAUCCUCAAGCUAUACAGGGUGCUGAAGGUGUUCUUGUCCCGUACGGCCCAAAGGACGCCGUACAUGACCAGCUGGCGGGUGCUGCGGCUGCUGGGGGUGAUUCUGCUGGUGGUGCUGUGGUUCCUGGUGGCCUGGACCUCGGCUGUGUGCCAGAACCCCGAGCUGAGCCACGCCCUCAUCGCUGCAGGCCUCACCCCUGAGGGACUGCAGUUCAGCAUGUGUCUGCUCGACCGAUGGGACUACAUGAUGGCUGUUGCGGAGUUCCUGUUCCUGUUAUGGGGCGUCUACCUGUGCUAUGCUGUCAGGACCGUCCCAUCAGCCUUCCAUGAGCCACGCUACAUGGCUGUGGCCAUCUACAACGAGCUCCUAAUAUCGGCCAUUUUUCAUGUCAUCAGAUUCUCCCUGGCGCCUGGCCUGCACCCUGACUGGAUGCUCAUACUGUUCUUUGCUCACACUCAUCUGACUGUGACUGUGACUCUGGGCCUGCUGCUUGUUCCAAAGUUUAUAUCCAAGGGGACCCAGGCCAGGGAAGACAUUGCUACUGAAGCCUAUGAGGAGGAGCUGGACCUGGGAAGAUCUGGUUCUUACCUCAACAACAGCAUCACUUCAGCCUGGAGUGAGCACAGUCUGGACCCUGAGGACAUACGGGAUGAGCUUAAGAAGUUGUAUGCCCAGCUGGAGGUCUACAAACGUAAGAAGAUGCUGGCCAACAACCCCCAUCUGCAAAAGAAGCGCAGCUCUAAGAAAGGCCUGGGUCGUACCCUGAUGAAACGCAUCACAGAGAUCCCAGAAACGAUGCACAUGCACCGCCAGUGCAGCCGUGAUGAUGGCAGUGAACAUGGAAGCAACCGCAACACUUUGAGGAGGAAUCCAUUUGAUCCGUCCCACCAUGGUAAAGUUCGGGACGACUCCCUGAAAAACAAAGUCCUGGGCCUGAAGAAGUCUCUCAGCUAUGAUCAUGUCUGUGACCAAGGUGAGGAAACUGGAAGCCAAGAUGGCUCCACCACAGGAGACAAGAUGACUCCUGUUGGAGGCAGUGGGGAAGGAUCUCUUCUGGGCUCCCUCAUUGGCAGGAAACAUGCUAAGAAGUCACUGGAACCAGCGCCCAAUCAACCAAAAAUGGAGCCGGCCGAGUCCACCGAGUCUGUUCCGCUGUUCUGGAAAUCAGCCAGCGCUCACAACUUAACACAUGAAAAGAAACCCGUCCAUCUGCGGACCUCCAUUAUGCAGAAGUCUCUAAGUGUGAUUGCUAGUGCCAAGGAGAGGAUGCCGGGCCUUACUAACAAAACACAGAGUGUGGAGGAUGCAAGUAAGAAGGGUCUGAAAGGACGGGAUGGACGGAUGCUGUCAGAGGUGGACGAGACCCCUGAGCAUUAUCCAAAGAUGAUAAUCAGCCAAUCAGUGGAAUACUCUAAGACGCCCAUGAAGAUGGGCAUCAUGAAACAGCAGGUGAGUGGCAGCCAGCCAUCCAUCUGUUCAGAGCCAGGGAGGAACCUCUACGACCUGUCCGAGGUUUGUCCUUGGGAGCUAGAAGACCCUCCCACCCCGUCAGAAGGAAAGACUCAGAAGCAUGUUUCCAUUGCCCCAGGUGAAACCAUUGCAGUGCGAAGGGGCAGCAACUCCAGUAGCGCUAAAGGCAGUCGGUCCCAGCAGAAGCAGAAAAUAGGCCAAUCCCCCGCCAACAGACGCCGCUCCAGAGAUAAGGGGGGAGAGAGGGAUGAAAUUAGAGAGACAAAGAAACCUCGGUCUCCUAGGUCGCCUCUCCCUCUCAAACCAGACGUCUCUCCCUGGGACUUUGAUGAGCAGCCCAUGCUGGGAGGUGAUUCAGAUUCCAUCUCCCCAGACAGGAUCAGGCGUAAGAAAAGCGUCACACCCACUGAUGGGAAACCCAAGACGCUCCACUCAGACCACUCCAAGUCCACAGGGAGCCUCCUACAGCCGCCCUCCUUGAUGGUGGAGAUCUGUCCGUGGGACUACCACACUCCACCCUCACCCAAGCAGGAGAAGACCUGCAACAGCCCCACACCGCACUCCAAGAGGAAACGGAAAGGCUCCUGCUCUUCCAACCACAAGGCAGAGAAGGAGAGAGGGAAGGACAAAGAAAAAAGCAAAGAAAGGCGGAGCUCUUCCAGCAAGCCUUCAUCAGAGAGAAGACGCAUCAGCCAGUCAUCGGAGUGCGGUGGUCCAGGUUCUGAGAGGCGAAGGAGCUCCACAAGAGACCCUGAGGUGAUGGAGAACAAGAGGGGAGAAGUUUGCCACUGGGAGAACGAGCCCCCACCCAAUAGCCUUGCUCAGACUAAAACUUCCCCGGAAAGGAAGCAAGAAAACUCUUUGAGCAAACCUGCAGUGAUCAGCAAUGCUAAAAUGGCAGAUGUUUGUCCUUGGGAUUUCGCUGAUCAAGACUGUGGAAAAAAGGCAUGAUAUCCAGGAUGAUGAUGGACUUUGUAAUUUUUGUAUUCACAGAUUUACAGCACAGAGGACAAUGCAGAACUCUUAAAG